GACAUUAACAGUAACAAUAAUGGCAAUUCCUGCUUCUGUAUGGGCACCUGUAUCCCCUUCUUGUCUCUCUUCAACAUCUCUCAUUCCCAUUCAUCUUAAAACCACCAUAAUUUCAUUUUCAACUUCAAUUCAAUCUUCAUCUCUUCAUCGCUCAAAUUCAAUCAACCUCCGCCCCUCCACAAAACCCAACACUUUCAUCUGCAACAACAGUUCCUCCACUGCCUCCACAACCACUACCAGUUACGAGUUUUCAGAUGGUUCAGAUGAGGUAGAGUUGAGAUUGUUGCUUGGAGAUGAAAGCAUUCAGAGCUCGAAAGAUGUACUUGUUGAUGCCGACGAGAGUUUUUUAACGAUCAAAAUGAAGCAGGAUGGAUCAUUUAGAACUGCCAUGGAAAUUAGCUUGUAUGACAAGAUAAAGCCAGCUGAAACAAUAUGGCUGUUAGAUGAUGAUCAACUGGUUGUUAAUUUGAAGAAGCAAGAUCCAGAUGUGAAAUGGCCUGACAUCACGGAAACAUGGGAGUCUCUGACGGUUGGAGUAUUGCAACUUCUUAAAGGGGCGUCGAUUUAUUUAGUUGGGGAGUCUUCAGAAAUCAACUAUAAAGUUUCUAGAGAGCUGGCAGUUGGCCUUGGGUAUACACCACUCGAUACAAAAGAGUUGCUCGAAACUUUUACUAAGCAAACAGUUGAUUCAUUGAUUGCAGAAGGGUCAAAUGCUGUAGCAGAAACAGAAAGUGCCAUACUGGAAAGCCUAAGUAGCCAUAUCCGUUCAGUUGUUGCAACGAUAGGAGGGCAGCAUGGUGCUGCUGCUAGUGGUGAUCGAUGGCGGCAUCUUUACUCAGGAUUUACAGUCUGGCUGUCACAAUCGGAAGCUAAAGAUGAAGCAGCAGCAAAAGAAGAGGCCAGGAUAAACAUUCAGAGUGGUAGUAAGGGCUUCUCCAAUGCAGACGUGGUGGUGAAGCUUAGCGGUUGGGACAGCGACUACUCCAAAACCGUAGCACAGGCCACGCUGAGCGCCCUUAAACAGUUAAUCUUGUCGGAUAAAAAGCUUCCAGGUAAGAAGGGUCUUUAUAUACGGCUGGGAUGUCGGGGGGAUUGGCCGAACAUCAAACCUCCUGGCUGGGACCCUGCAACUGGAACGGGUGCUGUCUAAACCUACAUUAUAUUCGACACUCCAAAAAGCUUCCGCCCACUCAAUUUUUCUCUCGUUUUUCGUUUUUUUGCCGAUGUUGAUCCUAAUGGAUAGAAACAAGCAUUUCUAUAUACCAUUCCAUAUCUGCACCUCUUGUAUGGUCACCUUGUUUUCAGUCUGAUGCAAAAGAAGAUCCAAAAAGCAUAAACCAAA